AUGAUACUUCAGCAUCAAGUGGUUAUAUUGGCAGUCACGAUGACGUUUAUGUCGAUGGUAGCGGCCGGAGGUAGAGGUCGAUAUGGUAGCGGUGGAGGUGAAUUUGGCGGUAGUAGCGGCGGCGCCGGCGGUGGAUACGGUGGAGGUAGCGGAGGAGGAAGCGGAGGUGGCAGUGUAGUCUCUGGAAUUUUGGUUGGCAGUGGAACUCUCUCGGGAGGAGGCGGAGGCGGAGCCGGCGGUGGUUACGGAGGUGGAAGCGGAGGCGGUUUUAGUGGAGGAAGUGGAGGCGGUUUUGGUGGUAGUCACGGAGGUGGAAGCGGAGGCGGAAGCGGAGGCAGCAGAGGAUACGGAGGAUAA